AUGAGUAUUAAGCAACGGGAGGAUCAGACGUUGAGGUCUUACAUAGCCCGCUUUAACAAGGAGACGCUUUCAAUCGAUGAAGCUGAUGAUAAGAUACUCGUUGCCGCGUUCAUAAAUGGGCUGUGGAAGGGUAAGUUUCUAUCUUCCUUGUAUAAGAAUGACCCGAAAACCAUGUCGGAUGUGUUCUAUAGGGCUACUAAAUACAUGAACGUGAAAAACACAUUACUGGCUCACGAAGAGAAGCCCAAAAAGAGAGAAAGGCAGGAGGAAUCACGGCGGGACAGAGGGCAAAAGAUGGCCAGGCCAGGAGAUAGGAGGGAAGAUAGACGUUCCAAGCCUCCAACUGGAAUAUUUACAAGUUUCACUUCUCUAAACACCUUGAUUGACAAGUUUUGA